AUGGUUUUCCCCGGGCUGCUCACCUCCACCUCCACCUCCACCGAUAGAACCAGAACACCCUCUGUCCGGUCCAAGUCGAGCGACUCCAACCUUCUUCAACCCGAGUACAUCUACGACGAAGCCCAACUACCAUGUCUGCCACCCGAUAGGCCUGACCUGCGCGAACUCAACAACAGCCUCGAGGCCCUGGCCGCCGUGUUUCCCGAUAUCCAGAUCGAAGUGUUUCGCGAGCUUUUGUCGAAUUUCGACGGCGACUCAAGGCUUGCUCUUGUGGCUGAUGCGCUGCUCAAGAAUAGAGUGACGUGGGUCAAGGGUCGGUGGAGAGUUCCGGACAAAGACACCGCUCAACCGGAUGCGAUACCAAAGACAGAGGUGUUCAAGAGCAAGGAGUACAAAAGAGCCGUGCAAAAUCUAGCAUGGCAUGAGUUCAAAGGCUUAUCGCGGUCUACCAUAAACGCUGUUCUUGCCGAGUCUAACUAUUCCUACCUCGAAGCCCGCCAGACCCUCGUUACUUUAUCCUCCAAAUCAUGGCGUUUCACGAUAUCAUCGUUGUUUUUCAGAAGGAAACCUAUCGCUACGGGCGAGGCAGAGAAUCACCCGCUGGUGUCAUGGCGCUCAACCGGUCAGGGCUCGAUUACUCCCACUAUUCGGGCCACAGGUAGUGCAGAACUGGACCGUGAACUGUACGAUACUUUGGUGGUACCGUUGAAAGAGAAGGACAGAAGGGACAGGGAGGACAGAGACAGAGGUCUUGCUGUCAUACUCAACAACGAGGAGGCAGAAAAGGCAGAUGCAACCCACGAGUGUGUCUGCUGCUUCAUAUCAGCCGCCUUUGAGGAGUUUACCCACUGCAAUCGUGAGGGUCAUCUCGUCUGCUACCGAUGUGUACAGCACUCUAUCAAAGAAGCCGUCUUUGGGCAAGGUUGGCAAAGCAGCAUCAACCCUGAAACGGGAACGCUCAAGUGCCUCUCUUCAGAUGGCGAUGGAUGUCCUGGACAUAUCCCACCAGAUCAUAUUCGCCGUGCCAUGGAGGAAGAAAAAAUGGGAGCAGAAAUUCUGCACAAGCUUGACCGUCGACUAGCAGAGCAUAGCCUUCUGGCAUCCAAUCUCCCCCUAGUACGGUGUCCCUUCUGUGACUAUGCCGAGAUAGACGACAUAUACACGCCAGCGCACGAAUCUGCUCUUCGUAUCAAGUCGGAUAGUAUUUACAACCUCUUUUUCCUCGUUCUCUGUAUCGGCACCCUCCCAUUCGUCUUCCCCUUCGUCCUCAUAUCCUCCUUCAUAUGCCUUCUCCUCAGCACACAGCAGUCAUUUGGCGACUACAUCUCAGUGGAAUGGUCCAAAGCUCUCAACCGUCACCGUCGUCGUCGUCGCGGUACCAAAUUCACCUGCCAAAGCCCCAGCUGCGGCCGCAUGUCGUGCCUCUCAUGCCAUAAGUCUUGGAAGGAUAUCCACGUAUGCAACGAAUCCUCGCUCGUCGCCCUCCGCACACAGGUCGAGCAGGCCAUGAGCAUGGCUAUAAAGCGCGUCUGUCCCCGCUGCAACACAUCUUUCGUCAAGAAUGCAGGCUGCAAUAAGCUCACUUGUCCCUGCGGCUACAAGAUGUGCUAUGUUUGUCGCGCCGACCUCACUGACGAAGGAUAUCGCCACUUUUGCGACCACUUCCGCCCGGAAGGUGAUGCAACGCCCUGCAAGGAGUGUGACAGGUGCAAUCUCUGGGAAUCCGAGGAUACGGAAAAGGUUUUGCAAGCUGCACGCGAAGAGGCUGAGCGUAAGUGGAAAGACAUGGAGAACCGGGAAUUAUCGGGCACAGAGCGGGCGUUCCUUGAAACAGGCGUUGCGGCGAACAGGAUGGACGUGAGCGUUGAGCGUGUUCUCUUCAGUGGGCGAAUUCCCGCUCUUUCGGAAGUGUUGGAUCUCGUCGUCGAAACGAUUUUUGUUUAG